AUGGCUACGGCACCGUACAACUACUCCUACAUUUUCAAAUACAUCAUCAUUGGCGACAUGGGGGUAGGCAAGUCAUGUUUGCUUCACCAGUUCACAGAAAAGAAAUUCAUGGCAGACUGCCCCCACACCAUCGGCGUGGAGUUCGGCACGAGGAUAAUCGAGGUGAGCGGCCAGAAAAUCAAGCUGCAGAUCUGGGACACGGCCGGACAGGAGCGCUUUCGGGCAGUCACUCGCUCGUAUUACCGUGGCGCGGCGGGAGCGCUGAUGGUCUACGACAUCACAAGGAGAAGCACGUACAAUCACCUCAGCAGCUGGUUGACCGACGCCAGAAACCUCACCAAUCCCAACACGGUUAUCAUUCUCAUAGGAAACAAAGCAGACUUGGAAGCCCAACGGGACGUCACGUAUGAGGAAGCCAAACAGUUUGCUGAAGAGAACGGUCUGCUCUUCCUGGAAGCUAGUGCAAAAACGGGUGAAAAUGUGGAGGACGCCUUCCUGGAGGCAGCCAAGAAGAUCUACCAGAACAUCCAAGACGGCAGCCUGGACCUGAACGCCGCCGAGUCGGGCGUCCAGCACAAGCCGUCGGCCCCGCAGGGUGGCCGGCUAACCAGCGAACCACAACCUCAGAGAGAAGGCUGUGGAUGCUAA